AUGCCAACUAGAGGACAAAUAGACGCCCGGCUCAGGGAGCCAUUGCCAGUGGAAGAAGUGCCGAAACUCGAUAUUAAAUUUAUCGAUCCAAGCUAUUCGGAAGCGGUGGUCAACUUGCAAAUGGAUUAUCUACUAAGCAGAAAGGCUCUUCUAAAUAAACGACUCUUUUCGUCUCCCCUCACAUUAACCUUGCUAAUUGCAUGGCUUGGUGUUGUAUACCGGUUGAGGCUCCAGGAUUAUUUCUCCAGCUUCAACUUCAAAGAUGGAUUUCUUCAAGGCAUGGAAAUCUUGGCAAAGAGUCCACAAUUCAGGUCUGAUAUAGUCGAAUCGCUUGCUAUGAUUGGUCUUUUCGUUGGUAUUGAGUGGGCUAUUCUCAACAGAAGUACCAGAUACUGGAAGGAGCAGAGUCAGGCUGUGCCGGACCACCAGCAGGAGUAUUUUGGAAUUGACAUGGGAGAGUAUGCCAGCCUCACAGACAAAAGUAAGCUGUCGAAGGAGGAAAAAAAGCAGGUGGAGCAGAUGAAGCAGAAUUCGGUCAAUGUUGUGUACAGGCAGACACCAAUCGGGUUUAUAGUGAAGAAACAGCAGGAGGACAAGACGGAGGACACCCUUACAUACAAGAUUACGGCACUUGGAAUAAGAAGAGUGUACAUAUCUGCCGGAGUGUUGGAAGAUCUUCUUACUUACGUCAUCAGAGACUUGCACAAGGUGGAGGGCUACAAGAAUGUGAGGUGCUUGUUUGAUAUUUACAGUUUUGAGAACUACGAGAGGGAAAUAGCUGAGGGUCUUGGAUUCAAGCUGGAGGAGAAAGAGCGUUUUAAUAAAGAUUUGCUUCUCGCUCGUGUAUUUGGUGUAGAGAAGCAGACCUUUGUGUACGAGGUCACCGAGAAUUGA